AUGGCCCUGCCUGCCCUCGGCCCGCCCCCCACUGGCAACCUAAUUUGGUGCACGAGUGACGUGGGGAAAAGGGGAGGGGCCAUCAGCACACGGCAGACUUGUCAGAUCUCCGCCUCCGUUACGCUUCUUCACACACCUGUUAGUGGACAUCGAGGCGAUUCGAGGAUAAUACGGAGUGGACAAGGGUGGUUUAAAUUCAUGGCAGAAACCAAGGUAUUUUCAACCAGUGACAAAGAUGCAACUAAAUGCACCAAAACCCGCGUCGGGUUUUUUGUUUUGUUUAUUAAUUCACUAUGGGAGCACUAGGUGUUUAACACCUUUAUUCACUUUAAGUUUGUAGCUCAGAGUUUUUCUUUUUGGUGGCAAGGGGUAAUCUGAAAGGUCUCAGCGUUAUUAUCUAGGGACAGCAAAGAACCCCCUUGAAGGUGUUUUUAGGAACUAUAGGGACUUAUUAGUUCAGCAUCUCUCUUUUGCUAAUUGAUCUUAAAGCUACCUGCUAUAUUUAACAUUAUUUGCUAAUAGCUGAGAUUUUUGAGCAAUUGUAAUUAGAGGCUUCACAUUUGUUGCUAUUCACUAUCUCUGUGCAACACUAGCCAGUGUAAGGUAAAAGAUCCAGACCCUGGGUAUAUACUGAUUGCUGCCCCUGUCUUUUGCUGGAUAUUUUCUGAGUGUGGGUCUCAGACCUUCUAGUCGGACUGCUGACUAGUAGAUUCGGAUAUGAGCCCAGGAAGACUUACCUACUUAUUUAUUUACUUAUUAGUUAUUGGUUUAUUCUUACUCUUUUUUUCAUAAGGGAUUUUUCUUCCUACCAGUAGGGGCUCAUAGAAUAGUUAUAAGGUUUGUGCCGUAUUACAGAGACACAGAGGACCUCCUGAUGAUUGAUAUACCCCUUGCCACUUAGCAAUUAUCCCAUAUAUAUAGUGCUUUUUAUUUAUAUGUAAUAAUAAAGUAUUCAUUAUUAUUAUAUAAUUUUCUUUUUUGGAACAUCUUGGGACUAAAUAUAAUUGCUGUUUGUAGCAAACUCCACUAUUUAAACUCCGUGUUUAUUUCCGGAUUGGUCAUAAUUUAUACCUUUAUAAUGUUUCUUACUUUCCCUGACUUUGUAUAAAACCAGGUUUGGAGUUCCAUUUAUUUUGAUACUCUAUCAUUUACUUAUUAUUUUUUUACCUUCUAGACAGUGUCACUACCCACACACACACUGUCACCCUUCUUCACACUCUGUCACCCCCUCCACACACACUGUCGCACUCUCUUGACACUCUAUCACCCAAUUCUCUUUCACCCCCCCACAUCCUCAGUCACACCCUCCACACACUCUGCCACCCCUCACAUACACUGUGACCCCCCACUGGACACUGCCACCCACCACUGGACAGUGUCACCCCUCCACACACUGCUACCCCCCACACUCUCUGUCACCUCGCCCACACUCUGUCACCCUCUCCAUACAAACUAUCACCUCCUCCACACACACUGCCCCCCACUCCACAAACAAUGUAACCCACUCCACACACUCUGUCACCCCCCUAGACACUGUCACUGCCCUUCAUCCUGCCACUCUCACAUUAACUCCUCCUGACCCCAUCACACUCACCCCCUGCAACCAUGCUGCUGUCACGGCAUGCUGAGAGAUUUAGGUGCGUCUCACUCACUCACCGGAUGCCAAGUGUUUUUUUGACAUCCUGGUAGUGAGGGAUGCGCUUCACCGACCUCCUGGUGGCCGGUUUUCUCCUCCACCCCUCUGCGGCACACCAUUGGCUAUCUCCUCAUGGGGCAAGGGGAGGGACUCCCACUCUGCCCGUCCAUAAGCAUACCUCCCCUCUGGCAGAUGAACUAGGUGGCAUGUAUACCAUGUGCCUCACACUGCCCUAGGAUCCCCUCAGGCUAUCAGAGCCCUUGGGACAGGUUUUCCUGGAAGCAGUGUAGGGAACAGUGGCUUUCAGUUAACAAAUGGACAUUGUGUCCCACCCACAUAGGGAGGUGUGGACACCUAGUUACCCAGAGGAACUUCUGAAGAAGGCUUUGCCGAAACGUGUUAAGUUCUAUCUCAGCACAGUGGACUUUUUAUUUUGUAUUUAUUUUUUAUCUAGCUGCCUGUUUAGUGUGUCCAAUAAAGUGUUUCUUGCAUACUUCCUGCAUCCUGGAGUAUUUGAGCAAUAGGAACCAAGGACCACGGAGGUUAUUCAGCUUGAAGUUUGUGUACCACGUGCAUCUAUAAGAUAUGCUUCUAGAAUGAGCCAGCUUUUCAUAAGUGGCUCAUGACCAUGUGAGUUGAACUGAUUAUCAGUUUAAGUUAUAUCUAGCUGCUAUGUUAUUACCCUAUGUUGCGGUUUCUUCUAUUUUUAUAUUUAUAGAAGUUGUUUUACAUUUCUACGGGCAAUAAGAAAUAGGUUUUUUAUACCCACAUGUACAAAAGGGUAACGUGCAAUUAUUAUAUCUAUUUAAGUGCUCUCACCACCCAUGAUUGUAUUACACUGUAUAGUUACCCAGAGGAGCCUUCCACUUAUAUAGGCCCUUAGACCCCUUCUCAUGGGAGAGCUCCCAUUCAUUUUUCCCUAUUUAAGCACAGACCGCCCUAAGGUCUGUGCUCAGUUGUUUUGAUGUUUCCCUACAGUGAAGAGCCAGAUCCUGCCUGAAGUAAUUUGAUCUCCCUCACCUGUGGAUUUCCAGAAUCAACUCUUAUCUGCCUGAAUUCUGCUUUGUUUAACCCCUAUAACUCUGUUCCAGCCUUGGUUUAACUCAUGCAAUUCUGCUACAACUUCAAUCAUGCCUUCAAUAAUUUGUCCAGUGCUGAAACUCUGGUAAAAGGCUUUAUUUUACCUUAAGGACUUUUGUUUCUUAUGAAGAUAUUGCCUUAUUUUUCGUUUCCAUUUGUCAUUGGGACUUUUUCAUUAUACUCAUUUGCUUUAUAAUAAUAACCUUAAAUUCAGUGACUGUGUCCGUAUAAAAUCUCUGCAUACCGACCCCAUUCACCCCAAACCCAUGACAGUCGCACUCGCCUUCCCUUGCUCUGUCACACUCACACUAUCACAUUAACCCCUCCAAUCCUGUCACUCCCCUAUUCUUCUCAACUCUCAGCCCUGUCACACUAUUCCUCCUUCACCCUGUCACAUAAAGUCCUCCAAUACUGUCACAAUCACCCCAGCAAUGCGUCACUCACCCUGUCACAUUAACCCCCUAAUCCUGUCACAUGUACCUUACUUCUCUCAACCUGUAAAUAGGGUUGCCACCUUUCUUGGAAAUUAAUACUAGCCAUACUAAUGUGCAUAAUUAAUUAUGCAUGCGUGACAUCACAAGAUGUAAAUCACAAGUAGUGAAAUAACAGAAAAUUCUUUAAAAUCACAAAAAAACUACUUACAGUUUGAUUCUGCUGUAUAGAGUGAUUGCUCCCACUGUCUCCCUCUCUCACAGUGCAGUGUCUCCAUGUUUCCCCAUGUAUCCCAGUGUCCUAUAUAUCGUAGUGUCUCCAUGUCUCCCAGUGCCCCCUAGUGUCCCUAUGACUCCCAGUUCCCACAUGUCUCACAGUGUCCCCUAGUGUCUCAGUGCCCCCAUGUGUUCCAGUGUCCACUAGUGUCCCCAUGUCUCCCAGUGUCCCCUAGUCUCUCAGGUUCCACUAGUGUCCCCAUGUCUCCUAGUGUCCCCAUGUCUCCCAGUAACCCCUAAGGUCUCCGUGCCCCCAUGUCUCCCAGUGGCUCAGUGGCUCCCAGUGUCCAUUAGUUUCUCAAUAUCCCCAUGUCUCAGUGUCUCCCAGGAUCCCCCAGUGUCCCUAUGUCUCUGUGUGUUCUUAUGUCUAUGUGUCUCUCAGGAUCUCCAUGUUUCCCCAUGUCUCUGGUACUCCGAGGAUUCCCCAGUAAACCCAUGUCUCUGUGUCCCCCGGCGAUUGCCAUGCAUGAGUUAUAGGUGUCCAAUGCUUCUCGAUGAGAAGUAUUGCAUUAUUAACUAGACAGAGUUCAUCAAUAUAGAUGAUCUCAAAGUGGGAGUAGCAGUCUGGAGAGUGGAAACCUUGGGGUCCUUGGUGGAUUAUAGGACUGUCCCUGGUGGAUGGCUCGGAAACCAGGAAAUGUGAUGCCUAUGCUCUGACUGUCUCACAGAAUGCCUGCUCUGUGAGGGACUGUGGCUGCACCAUAGACCACCAGGGAAGGAUUUUUAAAGGGUCAAUUUAUUUUAUCUCUCUUAAUAUAUCUAAUACAAUGUCCUUGUGGCCUAUACUAUAUUGGAAAGACCACUAUUAUUCAUGAGAACUACAAUAUUGCACCAUAUGCGCUUUUUUGUGUGAUACUGUAUAGGACAAGAACAACCAGAAAACUAUUCAAAGAAGGGAAAGGGUUGCCUGCCUCUACGGACCCCAAAAAGCUCAUAAAUUGAGCUAAACUUUCUAGCUCUAAAAAUUGUGAGUUGUGAAUUGACUUUACUUUGUAUUUGUUAAAUGUUUUACAGUCUGCACUAUGAUAUGGUCUUUUUAUGUUUUAAAAGAACAACACAUAAAUACUAGGAUCCCUAAGUAGUGCACCUAUCUAAGGUAUAUAUAUACAUUUAUCAGUAUACUGCACCGUAUAGUGCUCAUAUACAGAGUUUCCACUGUAUAUUAAUACAGCGCCUCACCAUCACACUUGUUACAAUUUCUAUAUUAUAAGAUAAAAUUAUGGUGAUAUGCAGCUGGUUUAUUAUUCAUUCACAGAUUGUGGUACUAAAAUUUAGGAAUAUAUUAGCGCUGGUACUUUAUCUUUUUUGCAUUCUAUUUUUGAGGACUCAGACACUAUCAGUGUAUGUGACACUGUAUCAAACAAUAUAUAUUCCACCUCAACUGCUACAGCUGUGUCCCAACCUCCUUAAUAACACACAAUAAAACUAUGGGAUGAAAACAGACAAAUAAAUGUGGAUCAUUCUUAUUAAAGGCACACUCUUAGAAUCAAAACCAACCAUGGCCUAAUGAACCACUUUUAUUGUGUAGAUUAUACCCCUGCAGUUUCUCUGUUAAAUUCUUUGCCAAUUAGAGUAUUGCUAAGAUCUAUUUCAUUUUAGAAGCUUGAUUUGUGACUUAUUAUUAUUAUUAUUAUUAUUACAGUACAGCUGGGCUUUUGGCAUUAUAGGCUUGAUUUCGGGUUCCUGUACCACUAUCCUGAUUUAGUGCCCUGGUGACCAACAUUCGGAGAAUGUUGUGGUGUAGAUCAUACACAAUGGAUAGAUAUUGUUUGCAGCUGAUACACAAUAUAUAUACAAUCUAUUUUAUGCACAAUUUAUCUAUACCAUUAUUUACCCCUUGAGGACAAUUGUAUAAGUUAUUAUCAAAACAAAACCUGAAAUUUGGCUUUUUGUCUGUUCAACCUUAAUUGAACUCUUUCAUAUAAAGUGCACCCACACGUAUUAUAUAUCAUUUUGCUCAGAAAAAAAUGUGCUUUCAUUUUACAUCAAACAUUUAUAUGUGAAACAUCAUUUAAUAUGAUAAAAAAAAUUCAAAAGAUGUGGUUAGUAUGCAUUUAAUUCAAUCAAUUCUACAGCUAACAGGACACCUUCAAUGUUUAAAUCUAACACUGCAUUCACUGCUGGUUAUCUUGAAUAUAUUACCAAAGGUCCUUUUUAUUUCUCUUGUCCUCAGACAAUAUAUAAUCGGGCUGACAAGAUGUGGAACAAAGGUGUAUAGACCCUGAAGCAAGACAGUUAAAUCAGCGUUAAGAAUCAAACGCAGUUGAUUAGCUGUAAAAAAGAAUAAUCGAGGGACGAAGUACAUGCCAAUGAUAAACAAGUGUGUAGAGCAGGUAUAAAAUGCUUUCUGCCAGUUUUCUGAGCUCCUGGAAGAACUGAUGGUCCUUAUUAUUACAACAUAGGAAAAUAUAAUAAAAGUCAAGGGUAUCAGGAGCACAAUCAUAGCAAGGGUGAAAGCCACUCUUGUUAUAGGAAACGAGUCAACACACGCUAUUGAAAUCAUCGUUGAAAUAUUGCAAUAACAAUUGUUGAUUUUGUUUUUUAGGAUACAAUAAGGAAUUUGUGAUACUAAAAAAACUAUUGCAAUUGCAAUAAAUACUGCAAUGAGCCACAAAAGGCAGCAGAGAAAAAUAGUAAUUUUAUUAGAUAUUAAUAUCUCAGUGGCUUACAAAUUGCAACAUAACGAUCAAUAGCCAUCAGCAUGAUAAUGAAAGAAUCAAAAGAAGCCAAAUAAUUGACACAGAAUGACUGGAGCAUGCAGGCCACAAAGGAUAUCUUCCCAUCUGCAAACCAAUACAUGGCGAUGGUUUUGGGCAAAGUAACUGUGUCAAAAGUGAGGUCAGAAAGGGCAAGAUUCCAUAUGAUGAGAUACAUUGGAUGGUGUAAAUGUUCUCUAAAAGCUAUCAGAAGUAUUACGGUGCCAUUUGCCAACAGUGCUGUAGUGUAGACCAGGAACAUUGUUACUGAAACCAAAUGAUCGAACUUCUGUGGGAGUCCAGGAAAGCCGAUCAGAACAAAUUCAGACAGUUCAGAUUGAUUCACCAUUGAAUUGCUUUAAAAACUCUAAGUAGAGUAUUUGUUAAAUAAUAGGAAGAAAAUAGAAUAGGAACAGAAUGAGGAAAAAGACACAUGAAUAACAAGAUGUAACUCAUAAUAUUUAUUACAUGUUUAAUAUUACAUAGCGAGAGCUAUUCAGGCAUAACAAGUUUAGCACUGAUUUUUAGAAAAUACGACACAGCCUUACUGACUUUUGCAGCGACAGACUGAUACGAAUGAUGGAAACUAGACAAUAUACCUGUAGAAACAGCAUCAAAGAACAGCAGUGAUAACCGCAUACACGGAUUUCAAUCUCUGUGAAGAGGCUCGUAGUAAUCUAAUAACCCAUCUGUCAAUUGGAGGACAUUACUGCAGAGAUAAAAAAAAACAAAAGUUGGAAAUGAUACAUGAUUUGAUUUGGAAUGUUAAUGUGAUACUUUGUAUGAGGUCAUAUUUCUUACAUGGACAGUCUGAAACAUAGAAACAUAGAUAGAUUGAAUGUGACGGCAGAUAAGAACCAUUCGGCCCAUCUAGUCUGCCCAAUUUUCUAAAUACUUUCAUUAGUCCCUGGCCUUAUCUUAUAGUUAGGAUAGCCUUAUGCCUAUCCCACGCAUGCUUAAACUCCUUUACUGUGUUAACCUCUACCACUUCAGCUGGAAGGCUAUUCCAUGCAUCCACUACCCUCUCAGUAAAGUAAUACUUCCUGAUAUUAUUUUUAAACCUUUGUCCCUCUAAUUUAAGACUAUGUCCUCUUGUUGUGGUAGUUUUUCUUCUUUUAAAUAUAGUCUCCUCCUUUACUGUGUUGAUUCCCUUUAUAUAUUUAAAUGUUUCUAUCAUAUCCCCCCUGUCUCGUCUUUCCUCCAAGCUAUACAUGUUAAGAUCCUUUAACCUUUCCUGGUAAGUUUUAUCCCGCAAUCCAUGAACCAGUUUAGUAGCCCUUUCUCUGAACCCUCUCUAAGGUAUCAAUAUCCUUCUGAAGAUACGGUCUCCAGUACUGUGUACAAUACUCCAAGUGAGGUCUCACCAGUGUUCUGUAUAAUGGCAUGAGCACUUCCCUCUUUCUACUGCUUAUACCUCUCCCUAUACAACCAAGCAUUCUGCUAGCAUUUCCUGCUGCUCUAUUACAUUGUCUGCCUACCUUUAAGUCAUCAGAAAUAAUCACCCCUAAAUCCCUUUCCUCAUAUGUUGAGGUUAUUCACUCUUUAUAUGUUGAUAAUUCACUCUUUAUUUUUAUAUUUAAAUCCCCCAAUCACCAUUGGCCCUGAUUAUUAAGGAGUAACAGAACGGCUGAAGGUGUAAGGGUAUUGAAUUGUUGAGGUAUUUAUUUUCAUUUUGUACGUCAUUCCUUGGCAUGGUUACUCAUUCUACAACAUAAGUUACUCAUUCUCUGGAACUGAUUUGCCUGAUAAUAACAAUAAAAUGAUUGAUAACCUUCUGUUCUAUUGGGCAUUAUUAUUAUGAAGUUAAAGUACACAGUUUGAUUUAUCAAGCACCAUAACCACUGUAGUUUAUGUUAUAAAAGCUUAUUGUAGUGGCUAUGGUGCAGUCCUUCCACUUUGUCAAACCAUUUUCAUAUAAUAACAGGCAAUGUGGAAUCAUGAUUUGUUUCAGCUAUGAAACAUGAAUUGGCAACGUUUCAACACAUGAAUAGUCUUUCUCAGGCCACUUGGUUUGAGAAAGACAGUGUGUAAACGUUGCCAAUAUUUACAUUAUCUGUCCAGAUAUGAUGACCGAGUUAUCACACUUUGUAAAUGGUAACAUACUGUAUUACAAUAGCAAUAUCCAGUCUUUAUGAAUCAGUGCAGUCAUUUCUAUGUCACUGAAUAUACUGUAUAUCUGACUUUAUAAAUAAAAUCUAACUAUAAAAUGAUAAUAAUGGAAUUCACAUGUCAUGUGACAAGUGUCCUGCUGUUUUUAUUUUUUAAAAUAUGCACAUAGGCCUCGAUUUAAUAUUUUUGGAUAAGCUUUCAAGGGAGUUAAUAUUUUUAGAUAAACUAUUAAAAUAUAUAUUAAAAAAUCAUAUAUGCAAAUACAUUAAUAUUAACAUAUUUUUCAAAAUAAUAAAUCAUUUGAAAGGUUUAUCCAAAAAUAUUAAAUUGAGGCUUUAGUGCCAGUCUCAUACGUUGACCCCCUGGAGCAAUAGAAUGGGAACCUCACUUUGUAAGUGCUGAGAACUAGAGAAUUAAGAUUCUAGAUUAUUUAUUUUCUAAACCAUUGCUUUCUGUGCUUUGUUAGCCUCAUUUAACAUUGAUAGCUAUAUAAUAUGUAACAGAGCAAAACUUCAUCACAGAGCAAAACUUUACUUACAGAUUAAAAGUCAAUGAUUUGCUGCAAUUUCUCUUGUUCCUUGCUGUUUUCAGUACUCUUCCACCGCUGUAGGAUUUUAUAGGAAAUUUAUCCUAAUUAACCUUAUCCCACUGGGCGAACAUGGCUUGUUAAAUCUGCUGAUGAAACAUUAUGGGUGGAGAAAGUAAUUGCUCAUUAUGUGAAUUGUUUAAAUGAAUUCGCUACUUCUAUGACAGCAAUAUGUUUUGUCACCCAAACUUUCUAAACAACGACAACAUCCAUACAUAACAAAGUAUUUGUCUGUGACGAUGAAACACAAACAGAUAUUUAAGAUGGGAAUUAAGUUACAUUUCUGUGGGUGUUUUAAUUAGCGUUGAUAGGUCAAUAGGUUGAUAAAUAUGGAGGGUGCUAACCCUCUAUCAAUUAUAUAGAAAUGUUAGAUGAUUUGGGGGAGACCGUAUGGAAUCAGGAAACCUUUUACAGCACUGUUUUUGUGGUGAGAUGUUACAGGCAGUACUGAGUGGAGGGACAGCACUAGGGGACUCCAGGUAGUCCAGGCAUUAUAACCAUAUCAAUGAGCUAAAAUGACUAUAGUGCUAGUAGUAUCCCUUUAACAAGUGUUAGUGUGAAGAGUUUGACACUGUAAUGGCUAAGGGACAUCUUUAAUGAGCUUGAUUACUGGAGGUUACAUAUAAAAUAAGAUGUUAUUUAAAAUAAGGAAGUUGUGUUGUAUUAAAAAAAUUAUAUUUGUAAUAUCUGUUUGAUAGACGUGUCUAAUAGCUAGAAGAUGCUGCUCUGAAAUCAACAUUCUUCCUUAUUGCCUUAACAUUCUUCCUUAUUUUCCUGGCACUAUAGUGCCCUGAGGGUGCCCCCACCCUCAGGGACCCCCGCCCGGCUCUGGAAAGGGGAAAGGGGUAAAAACUUACCUUUUUCCAGCGCUGGGCGGAGAGCUCUCCUCCUCCGAUCCUCCUUCUCUCCUCCCCGUCGGCUGAAUGCGCACGCGCGGCAAGAGCUGCGCGCGCAUUCAGCCAGUCACAUAGGAAAGCAUUCAUAAUGCUUUCCUAUGGACGCUUGCGUGCUCUCACUGUGAAAAUCACAGUGAGAAGCACGCAAGCGCCUCUAGUGGCUGUCAAUGACACAACCACUAGAGGCUUUGGGGGAAGGCUUAACCCAUUCAUAAACAUAGCAGUUUCUCUGAAAAUGCUAUGUUUAUAAAAAAAAUGGGUUAACCCUAGCUCGACCUGGCACCCAGACCACUUCAUUAAGCUGAAGUGGUCUGGGUGCCUAGAGUGGUCCUUUAAAGCUCAGACGUCCUGUCCCUAAAAUGUUUGAGUGACCACAAUACAUAACAGGAGGAAAGCACCUACAUUCAGCAUUAGAGAACAAGAUGGAGUCUCUCUAUCCCAGCCAAACAUAAAAUAUGUAAAGUGUCAGGGGAAGGAUGGGAAGAUUGUAUGAGAUGAGGUGUCAUAAGAGAGGCCUCUGGAUAGAAAGAAUUAAUGAAAACAACAUUCUGGAACAAUGGGCCCACUUGAGAUAAAAAUUGAAAAGCCCUGGUUAAAGAUGUAGUGAUUGCACUGAAACACCUUGGGCAUUUGUGUGUUUUUUGUUAUUUUGGGUUUUCAUGGUAAUCAUGUUUCACUUUCACCUUUAGUUGAUUUAUUUAUUGGGUAGUAAUUAGGGGGGUUGGUGGAGAGCUGUUAGUGUGAUAAUUGUAGGAUUUUGGAGAGAGAGCCCACAAAAUUCAGAGCUAAACUUUACACGGUCAGUUAUAUAGUAACUAGUAGGUUUCGGAGGGACUGCUCCCAAAUUCCGAGGUACAAGGAUUUUUCAGGGCCACCUGUCUCUACUCAAGAAUAAAUAAAUCCUAAAAAGGCCCAGGUGGGUUACCUGUUUGACCGUUCCCCUUCAUUCUUCACACAGGGAAGACUAAUGGAGCAAAGUAAGAAAAACUUACGUAUCCCAUUAAAAUGAACGCCGGCGUGCAGCUUGUCUGAAUCUCUUCCUGAAAUGUUGAACGGAAGCUCAGAAGCUGGUCUGGGAAAGCUGGUGAUAUGUCCUCUGGGUAACAUUCCUGUACCUGUGAAUCAGCUUUGAACAAAUCAUCAUAAUUUUCAGGCGCAAGUACUGUAGGCUGAAUUAUAUUACAAUGAGGGAAAAAAGUAUUUGAUCCCCUGCUGAUUUUGAAUGUUUGCCCACUGACAAAGAAAUAAUCAGUCUAUAAUUUUAAUGGUAGGUGUAUUUUAAAAGUUAAAGACAGAAUAAUUUUAAAAAAAAUCCAGAAAAAUGAUUUGCUUGUCAAUGAGUAAAAUAAGUAUUUGCUCCCCUAUCAAUCAGCAAUAUUUCUGGCUCCCAGGUGCCUUUAUACAGGUAACUACCUGAGAUUAGGAGCACUAUCUGAAAGGGAGUGUUCCUAAUCUCAGCUUGUUAGCUGUAUAAAAGACACCUGUCCACAGAAGAAAUCAAUCAAUCAAUCAAUCAGAUUCCAAACUCUCCACCAUGGCCAAGACCAAAGAGCUGUCUAAGGAUGUCAGGGACAAGAUUGUAGACCUACACAAGGCUGGAAUGGGCUACAAGACCAUUGGCAAGCAGCUUGGUGAGAAGGUGACAAUGGUUGAUGCGAUUAUUCGCGAAUGGAAGAAACACAAAAUAGGACUCCACCUUGUUAUUUUUCCAGGAUCUGUCCAAAGAGCUGUCCAAAGAUGUCAGGGACAAGAUUGUAGACCUAGACAAGGCUGGAAUGGGCUACAAGACCAUCGCCAAGCAGCUUGGUGAGAAGGUGACAAUGGUUGAUGCGAUGAUGCGAGAAAAUCCUGUAGCCCCGUCACCACCCAAUUACGAUGAGCAGGCCUUCCAUACAGGUGGGGAGCGGACAAUUCCAUCCAAGUCACGCGGGCUGCUAUCACACACAUUCCUUCACAAACUGGGACUACCUACUGUGACAACAACUCUGGGACUGCCUACAAGCACCUGGGACUCGACCACAGCAACACCUUUCAUCCUGCAUUCCAGAGCAACACUGUCACCAGACCCAUAGGAUACCAAGCUGAGCACAGGCAUAUCGCCACGCUGACGGCUGCAGGAGCCCAUGCCUUAUGGACACAGUUGGGAUUCUUGACAACUAAUUCCUGGACUGGCUCGAGUUGAUCUUUCUUUCUUUAAAUGUUACUAUCUUUUAAUGUUAUUUUCCUGGUACCUUUAUUUUUACAAUAAUACCCCCCCCCCCAACUGCUCCACACAAAGGGACACCUACCCUAACUGCCCACAGGGGAAUGACAGAAGAAGUUCACACACACAAACCCUAAUGUCCGACGACCAAACAUCCACCCCUACUAGGGCAUUAACUGGACCCAUACAACACAUGGCGUCAAUACCUCCCUCCCCCGUAGACUCCCUAGGUUAGGGGCCUUGCACCUACUAAACCACCCGCCUAACAGCCCGCAAGGCACACUCAUCAAAACAUGGCCCACAAAGCGGGUAAAUAAUGACACCAAACCCGACCCUACACGUCCACACAGAAUAAUGAAGGCUAGAAUCGAGCCAACUAUAUGGAAAUACCGCUCAUCGACUCACGACCACCACACAUCAUAG